AUGGAGUACCGUGGUACUAUUUGGUUACAUGUCUUAAUUGUUUUCAAUGGAUUCAUAGUUUUGCACAGCGUGAAUACGUGGGGGACAGUACAACAGUUUCCAUCGCAGUUAAUUCCAGAUGAAGGCUUCAGUCCAAAACGAGCGAUAGUGCGGCGCAAAGUGGUGAUGUACCACAAUUUCUUCCGCACCAAAGUGCAACCGACGGCUUCUAAUAUGUUACUUAUGACAUGGCAUCAGCCCGCCGCGCAACAAGCGCAACAAUAUGCAGAACGCUGCAAAUUUCUUCAGCACAAUCCUCCCAUAGAAAACACAGUUCCCCUUUAUGGUUCCUGCGGGCAGAACCUCUUUGUCUCUUCACACAAAACUCCUUGGUUCUUCGCGAUAAAGAGCUGGUUCCUUGAAUACCAAAACUUUACUUUUGGUGCCCCAAACUACGUUCUUCAUGACAUCGGUCAUUAUACUCAGAUGGUGUGGGCCACCAGCCAUAAAGUCGGCUGUGGGGUUGCUCUGUGUAAAGGAGGACCUUGGGGAAAAUUUUAUAAUUAUGUGUGCCACUAUUGUCCUGCGGGCAACAUCGAAAGCUUGGUCCAGUAUCCCUACAAGCCAGGGAAGCAGUGUACAGAAUGCCCAGGCCAGUGUGUAAGCGAAUCUCUAUGCACGAAUCCGUGUCCUGCAAAAGACGUUUAUUCCAAUUGCUACGAGCUGAUCAAGUACCCUGGCAUAUGCACGCAGGGAAAUUGCAACGCAACUUGUGUUUGUGGAAACAAACGGAUACACAAGAACUAUCCUUGGAAAUGAAACUGUAGUGAUUUUGUUUUUGUUAACGCCUAGAGUGCUGACGCAAAAUAUGACGCAAAAUAUAUUCUUCUAAAUUUUACCCGGACUGUCAAAUCAAAACCAUAGUAUAAUAAGAGCAAGUAGGGCAACUCCCGCCUGUUCGACGACUAAAUGCCUACACUUCCCUCGAAGUAUAGGGUUGCUACAUUAUUAUUUAGUUGCACCUACAAGUUCUAAAUAUAAAUUGAAAAUAUUAAUGUGUUCAUCACAGUACUCGUAUUCUCGUGCUAUAUUGCAACAACUUUGUUAAAUUGCGGAAGUUCUUAAGUAUUGAUAUUUUUAUACCAGGAUCGCGGAUUGGUAUCUUAAUUAUGGAAUAUGAUAAUGAAAAAUAUAAAUGAAAUCAAACUACCAUAAAUACAACGAUAAACAC